AUGUUUCCGACUUUGGCAUUANAAACAUUCCCGGCCAAUGAACGUAUCUCAGGGAAGGAACCAACCGCUCAGAAUAAAAAAAUCAGUUCAACACCGCUGACUCAACCGCCUCAAGAUAUCUGGUCAAUGGACUGUUUCACAAACGGAAUGGUUCGGCAGCUUAUACCGACCGAUACAUGGAAAACCAUGACAAAUCAUAUGCUAUGGCAAGCAAAUGGACCGAGCGAAUUCAUUGCCUCUGAAAAGUCCCUGCUAGGUCAAUCGUUAUUCAACAGGACUAUGCGUUGGGAGUGUUCUCUGGACGUUACAGAACUUUUGAUCGAAUUCGCCACAUCCGGGUUACAGAGGGACGAAUUUGAACAAAUCAAACAACAAUUCCUAUGGCAUCGGGACCCGAAUCGGGGCGUAAAUGCUCCACUGGCGCACGUGACGCGAAGUGACCCACGGCACAGACUUGUUUGUGAACUUCAAUCGAUUGGGACCGAGCGUCUCAAGGAGGUUUUGCAUCGUGAUUUCUUCUUCCCAAUUGUUGGUACCCACAUUGAACGACUGGAACGGAUCGUAUUGGGAGUGAUACUCUUAGAUGAGUUGUGA